AUAACGGGUGUGGCAGAACAAUCCUAUUUGAGUGUAUGAGUGUAGCGAUUUGAAAGUUGCUUCAUUUCGCUGUUUCAUCUUUACGCCAUGGAACAAAGGCGAUGCCUAACGUGGAGAACGAGGACAAUAUGGAUUGUAUACAUUUUGGUUCUGGUCUGGAAGACCGCUUUGGGACAAUUUAGAUAUUCAAUUUCAGAGGAAGUUACAGAAGGAACUGCUGUUGGAAAUAUCGCGAAGGAUUUAGGUCUCGAUAAGGCUACACUGAAAGAGAGGGGGUACCGCAUUGUCUCCGGCUCAGCAGAGCCUCCUUUCCGAGUAAAUACAGAUAAUGGGAUCUUGUAUGUGAACCGAAAAAUCGACAGAGAGGAAGUGUGUGACAGAAACAAGAUGUGUGUUAUCGACCUAAAAACAGUGUUAGAAAAUCCACUCGAGGUGCACUACGUGGCAGUGGAGAUUCUGGAUGUAAACGACCACGCACCGAUCUUUCCUGAAAAAGAAAAUACGUUGGAAAUUUCUGAAUCUGCACUACCAGGAGCACGAUUUCAGUUACAAGCAGCCCGUGAUGCCGAUAGUGGUUCGCUGUCUGUCCAGCAGUACAAGCUGAGUCACAAUGAACAUUUUCGUUUAGAAGUGAAAGACCGGGGCGAAGACCGUAAAACACCGAGUUUAGUCCUUCAAAAAUCACUUGAUAGAGAAUCUGUUAAAACUCAUGUGUUGCUUCUGACAGCCUUUGAUGGAGGUAAACCUCCCAGAUCUGGUAACAUGACAAUAAUUGUUAAUGUUUCCGAUGUUAAUGACAACCCUCCUGUUUUCAGUAAAGAGGCAUAUAGUGCGCACCUCAAAGAAAAUUCUCCUUUUGGUACGACUGUGAUUCAAGUUAAUGCAACAGACCUGGAUGAAGGAUUAAAUGGUGAGGUUGUGUAUUCAUUUGGAAAUGACGUGGAAGCACGGGUACGUGAACGUUUUGACUUAAAUCCGGUUACUGGAGAAAUUAUAGUGGCGGGACUCAUAGACUUUGAAGAGAGCGGCAGGUAUGAAAUCGACAUUCAAGCAUCCGACAAAGGAGCAGCUACGAUGACAACAGACAAAGUCGUCAUUAUUAAUAUAAUUGACGUAAAUGACAAUGCACCAGAGAUUGAAGUGACAUCUUUUUCUCAUGCACUCCCUGAAAAUUCAAAACCAGGAACCACAGUGGCGUUAAUUAGUGUCAAAGACUCCGAUUCUGAUUUGAAUGGAAAAGUAGUAUGUUAUGUAAGCAAAGAUGCACCCUUUUUGCUCGCACCUUCUUUACAAAGUAACAUGUAUUCUCUAGUAACGAAACAGGUUUUAGACAGAGAACAACAAUCCCAGUAUAAUGUCCUGAUAGUUGCUAAAGAC